CGUUCUCUCUCCCACUCAGAAACGGCUAACUCAGUUCUUUAGCAACAAUGGCGGCAUCCAAAAUGGAUAUUAUUGACAGUGAAAAUCAGGUACCAAAACCAUAUGUUAGGUAUACAACUUACAUGGGAUGUCCCGCAGUAAUCUUUUCAAAAUGUAUUGGGAUGCAGCAGCCGCCAAAUGUAGACUUACAAUGGUUGGAAAGUUCUUUAAAAGAAAGCCAAAAAUGACAGCAAUCCGAGCUAGUUUCAGUGCAAAAUAUCCUUUGAAAGACCAUGUGAAGAUUGUGUCUUUCGAUUCUCUACAUGUAUUUCUUGAUUUUACUAAUGAAGAGGAUUAUGAUGCUAUUUUUUUCAAGGAAACGAUCAUUGUUGCUGGUGCCCAAAUGGAGGUUUUCCGUUGGACACCAGAAUUUCACGGUCCAUUUACAAAAAUGAAACCGGAUAAUCACACAGCUAAAGUAGAAGGCAGGGAUGAAACACUUGGCAUUAUGGAGCUAGAUAAGAAUGAGCAUAUUGGUGGUGGAAAUGAGUACGGGAGUAAGGAGUCAGAAGCAGCACCUAAAAACACACACAUACUGGAAGAUGGUUUAUAUAUUUCUGAUUCAGUAGAUUGUGUCCCAGAAGCAACUCAUUCUGAUUCCGCGGAAAGAGUCGCAAGUCCUGUCAAUUGCAGUACUGCAACCUCUGAAAUACAAGCUUCUGCGGAAACUAGUUGCAGUGGGUCAAGUGGCCUUUCAUUUGCUUCCGAUGGGAUUGCAGGAGGAAUUCCAUCUGUUAUGGAUGAUAGUUCAUCGAUGUGUUCCACAGACUCAAUGUCUUUCAGAGGGACUUAUUCAAACCAUAACAUCCAAAAGUUGUAUGGCAGAGGGUGGAAAUAUGGAAGCAAGUCAACUAGUAAUGCAGCUGAUUGGGCCAGUGAAAAACUUAAUCAGCCAUUAGAUGCUCUUCCAAUAGGUGAACACCAUGAGGAUCGGAAAUCAAGACCUCCGAUCCAAGUGCAAUAUUCAACCUAUAGGGGACGCCAGGCAGUAACCUUUCCAGAAAACUACUGGGAAAGCUUAGUUCCCGAUUGUAAGCUCACUUUGAUUGGGAAUUUCUUCCAAAGGAAGCCACGAAUGAAAGAAAUCCGAGCUGAUUUCAUUGCAAAGAACCCUCUGAAAGGCCAAGUGAAGAUUACGCAUUACACUUCUCAACAAGUAUCUCUUGAUUUCACCAAUGAAGCAGAUUAUGACACUGUUUUGUCCAAGAAAACGCUCACUGUUGCUGUCAUGCAGAUUUCCUGGUGGUCGCGAGAUAUCCAUCAUGAAGUAGGUAAACAGGAGUGGAAAGCAAUGGAUAAGGAGAGAGAUGUAAAACCUGGUAUUAUGGAGCAACAGAAGACUGAACUAGAUGAGCUUAUUGGUGGUGAAACUGAGUACAAGAUUGAUGCUCCAGAAGCAGUACUUGAAACGCCAGACAUACUGGGAGAGGUUUCAGAUGUUUCUAAUUCGCUACAUAUCGUUCCAGAAGUAGCUCAUCCUGAUUUUAGAGACAAUGAUGCAAGUCCUGUUAAUUGUGAUACAGACACCUCUAAAAUGCAUCCUUCUAUAGGAAUUACUUGCUGCCAGUUAAGUGGCAUUUCAGCUCCACAGAAUAUGAUUGAUGGAACAAGUCCUUAUGUUAUGAACGUUAAUUCAUCAAAGUGCUCCACAUACUCGAUUCUUUCGAUUGUUACAACUGGACUAUCUUCGAACGAUAAAGAUCAAAGCAAGUCAAUUCGUGAUGUAGCUGAUUCCGCUAGCAAAGCACAUAGUCAGCCGUUAGAUGAUCUUCCAGAAGCUCGGCAACAAAUGUUGAAGAAGGAUGUAGCAGUUUCACAUCAGAGCGAGCUGACUGAGUCAGAUAGAGAAAGACAUUCCUCGGAGAUACCAAGUGUAAGUUCUCCUCCUAGAAGCCCUCCAAGAAGUAUAGGCUCGGUCAUUCAGUUGAUGUCCAAGUUGAAGGUCUCAGUCACAAAUGAUCCUAACUCAGUUAAGAGAUCGACCUCAGAUAACUCCAACUUGACUCAGAAAUCAGUUCCCUUGUUUAAUUCAGCUGAAAAUGCUGUGUUACUGAGUGUUGAUCCUCAUAAAUCCAUAGAACCAAAAGCCAUAGAGAAGCCCUUAGUGCGGUCGAUUUCUAUUACAACUGAGAAUUUCCCAUCUAAUCAAGUGACUGCCUCUGCUACAGCUGAAAUGCCCAUGCCACUGCUCCCAACAUUACCAUUAUUGGCUCAUUCAGUGAGUCCAGCUGCUCAGUUAUGCGCUGACCCUCCAACAGCCAUAGACACUUAUGUUCCUCAGUCUUAUCCGAAUGGAAUUGUGGGCAGUCAUAUUUUUGGAAGAAGCGAACAAGCUGGCAGUGGAAGCAUCUUUCCCAGCCCAAGCCAAGCGUUGCAUCAGCACAGUCUUGCUCAGCGGCAUAGCCAGCUCAAUUCGUAUAAAGUAGACAAGAAUGCGCACUUGGAUCAAGAAUCAAAUAUGAUUGCCGGGCCAACACAACUACAAUCGCUAUUAACAACCUCAGUAAGUGACACUACAAGCUCAAUCCGAUACAUGGAAUGUCUCAAGAAUCAUGCUGCAAGUAUGGGAGGGCAUGCUAUCGACGGAUGUGGAGAAUUCAUGCCAAGUGGAGGAGAAGGGACCCCAGGAGCCUUAAAAUGUGAAGCUUGUAAUUGCCACAGAAAUUUUCACAGGAAAAAAAUCAUCAACCACCGACAGAUGGCCGGCAUUGGGUCACAUAUUGAACCGAGAAAUAAUAGCAAUAGCCGCAAUAUACACAAGCAAUCCCCGAUUUCUCAGCAAUACCAGCAUAAUUACAGCUAUUCUCCUAGUUCAGUGGUUAACUCUUCAGAUUCAUAUCCUCAACUACCUUUACCAAUCUCUGGCCAGAUAUGUUUACCACAGGGCUUGGAAAGAAAAGAACCUAGUUUAAUUAGACCAAGCUAUUCAUAUGAAAUGGUGAAUCAUGAUACCGUUCAGCAAUGGGAAUAUUUCUGGAGGGACAGAAGUAGGAAUACAUCGAUAGAUCAUCCUUCUUUACGAAAUGAGAAUCAGAAUUUUGAUAUGUUCAAGCCUUUAAACUACAGAACCUCUGAUAACAUUCCCUCGGAAUUUGCCAAUGAAUUUCCACAUCUUGACAUCAUUAACAACUUGCGAUAUGAUGAGCAUGGAAAGGGAAGGACUUUGAUGCCAAACUCAGGCUUUCAGAAUUUGAGCAACGGUUCAUACCAUCUGAAUGGCCAUUUCACUUAAAUGAGUGAAAAUUGGGAUGUCUACUGGUCUAAGUGUAAUCUCUCUGAUCUUUAGUCUGAAGUGAUUCUGCCCUUUUGUGGUUCCUUUUUAAUCUUUUGUAGAAAUGUGGCUUUGACAUCAAGCUGAUCUGGGAUUUUUGAUGGUUUAAGAAUUUUGCCAUUUCAUUAGUGCUGAAGUUUGGUAAUUA